AAAAAUAAAGCCAUGAGUGAUCAUGAGGAUCAAUAAAAUGUGUAGCAAGAAGAAACAGCAUCAAAUCCACCUAAAUUUGAAGACUAUUCUGAUGUAUAAAAAAAGAAAAUAUCUAGAUUGAUAAAACUCAAAUUCCUAGUUUUGAAAAGAAUGCAGGAACAGAAUGUUUUAAGAAAGGUGAUUAUUUUGAAGCAAUACGUCAUUAUUCGAAAGUACAAUUUUUUUACAUAUUUAAGGCAGUAAUGGCGUAUUAAUUUUUAAUACAGGAUGGAGUAGUGAAUGAUCCAGAAGAAAUGAAAAAGAUUACAUAAGAAAUAUACGUAUAAUAAAAUUUAUACAUCUAUUAGCUUCCCUGUAGUCUCAAUUUAUCUCUAUGUUAUAUCAAAUAAAAGGAAUAUUAAAUGGGAAAGGACUUUGCAAAUAAAGCAUUAGAAGUUGAAGCUAAUAAUUUAAAAGGUUUAUAUAGGAGAGGAAUUUGUUUAAUGAAUUUAUAAGAAGUAAGAAAUAAUUCUAGAAAAGUUUAAAGCAGCUGGAGAGGAUUUUAAAAGAGUUUUAGAUAUUGAACCAAAUAAUGAAGAUGCAAAAUAAGCUUGGGAACAAUUAUUAAAAAAGAAAGAAUAAAUAAAACAAAGAUAAAAGGCAAUAAGCGAAAAAAUGUUAAAUAGUUUGAAUUAUGAGGAUAAAAUUGAGACACAAAAAAAAAAUGUUAAAAAAAAUUGGUUUAAAGAGAAAUAUGAUUGGUUAAAAUCAAUAUUGUGUGUUAGAAAAAAGGGAAAAAUAAAUUGAGGAUAAGUUUUUG